AUGAUUAAUAUUCCUCAAGAUGAAUUAGUUAUGACUAAAAGCAAAGGUACAAAGACAACCAACAGCAACAACCACAUUCCAAAACAAAAGAAGAUCAAAGAGAAAGAAGAGUUUAUAAAUGAUAAUAGAUCAAUUAGCAAAACAAAAAGUAAAAGCAGCAGCAACAACAACACCUACAAUAGUAGCUCAAUAAAUAAACAAAAGGAAAGUUCUUCUUCCUCUUCUUCUCCGACUUCCACUAGAAGUGGUACUAAAAAGGGUAGAAAGAGUGGUCGUGGUAAAAAAAGUGGUAAAGAUAAAGGGAAUAACGACUACGACCUAGAUAGUGUCUCACUGGUUGGCGAAGAACUUUUGGAGUCUGACAACUCUGUUUUGUAUAACGAAGUUUUGAUUGUGGACGAUGAUUGUAUCAUCGUUGGUGACACUGAAGAGGAUUGCAAUACCGCAGUGUCUGACAGUCAGAAGAGCUACAUCCCAUUCAUUAAAAUGGAAAUGAAUGAUGAUAAUAACGACAAAGACAAAGAUGAUGACGACGACGACGAUGAUAUCACCAACGCUGAAUUAUACACACAACCCCUAAAGAAACAGAAAUUGGAAAAUAACACAAAUAAGGAGAUAGUUAAUAAUAAAAACAAUAGUUAUGGAAGCAAAGAUAGAAAGGAGAAAGAUAAUAAGAGUAAAAGUAAUGCAAAUAAUAAUAAAAGUAGUGAUAAUGAUAAUUACAAUAGUAGUAAUGAUAAUGAUAGUGAUAGUAGCAGUAAUGACAGUAGUGACAAUAGUAAUAGUGAUGAUAAUAAUGAUAAUAACAAUAAUAAUUUUAAUAAGGAUAAAAAUGAUAAAACGAAUGAUAAGAAUGACAAUAAUGAUAAAAAUAGUCAAAAUAAAUAUAAAGAGAUGAAAGUAGAUCAAGUUAAAGAGGAAGAAGUUGAAGAAAAAGAAUAUGUAGAUAAGGAUUAUGAAGAUGAUGAUGACUAUGAAGAUGAUGUAAUUGAUGCAAGAUUAUUGGAUGCAGAAGUAUUGUAUAAUAGUGAUGAGGAUAAGAUUCCAAAUGAUGCGGAAUACGAUGAGGACACAGAUUAUCUAAACAUGAGCAAUGCAAAUGAUGAUCAUCAUUCUCAGUCGGAAACAGAUGAAUAUUAUGAGAGAGUCAAGGCAGAGAUACCCGAAUACCUUGGCCCCUUAGUAACAUCUUCUGCGCACAACCAAGAAUCUAAUGAAUUUUUUAUACAAAGGGAUCAAUUAGUUUUCGAUCCUUAUAAAUUAGAGCAAUCGGAAAUUGAAAGAUUUCUAAGUGAAGCGAGGAAGAUCUUCACAAAGACAUCUGAGGAAAUCAAAUGGAUUGGAAUCACCGACCAAAACGUUACUGUAAAUAGAAUACCGGAUGAAUCUUUGUUGAAGAUUCUCCACGAUUAUAACUAUUCGGUCGAUGAUGCACUUGCAUCGAUAGACUUUACCACCUAUCAGAAUACCACUCCUUGUCUUAUUGACCAUCUGAACCAAACUUGGAGUACAAAAGACAAAGAGAUAUUUAAAAAUAAUUUUAGAAGUACCGGUACCAUCGAUUUAAAUAGGUUACAUUUAAGUUUGGUCAACAAAUCUAGAUCGGACGUAUUGGAGUACUAUUACCACUGGAAAACCACACAGGAGUAUAGAUCGAUCAAGAGAAAGAUUAUAUCAAACACAUACAGAUACGAGAGAGACUUGCUCAAUAUCUAUAAAAAGAAAAAUCAAUCAGUUACAACAACAUUCUCGAUUUUCACAGAAUUAGAUUCUGGAAAUUAA